AUGUCCGGCAAGCCUACUGAGACGCGCGAACACAUCGAGGCGGCUGCCACACCCGCGCAAAUCGCCGCCCUUCAAUCUUACGCCGUCGACGAUCACAAUGAACAGAUCACGGUGUUGGGUACCAUGGGUCAAGACCCGGAGCACAAGUCCAAGAUUCCUUGGCAGUCAUGGGCCAUCCUGGCGCUGUGCGCCCUCGCGCAGAUGCAGAAUACCUACGUCGCGUGAGUUGCUUGGACCCGACUUUUCCUCCUCGCGAAUUCUCUCCGGCGCCGGCAUGCUAACGUACGCGCCAUCCUUCUCGUAUCCCGUCAGUAUCGCGCCUGCAGCCAACGCUUACUCGAUUGCAGGGCCGCUCAAUGGUAUGAGCAAAAGGAUCUGGAUCGUCCAGGCAGUGAGUCCGCCCGGACCGACACCAAUUAUGGCCUGGCUCGGGGGUCGAUGACAGCCGCUGACUUUUCUCCCAUUUCUGACGCGCGCUUGCAGCAAUCGGUUCCUUCGAUCGCGACUGGACCCAUCAUGGCCAUCAUCUCCGACACCUAUGGGCGUCGAUGGGUCAUCAUCAUCGCAUGGGUGAUUUUCUGCAUCUCCGCCAUCCUCGGCAUGGUCGCCAAGAAUAUCAACCAGGUUAUCGUCGCCCAGACUUUGGCCGGUGUUGCCGCCGGUGUUUCGGGUAUCAUGUAUGCGGUCGCCAGUGAGGUCCUGCCCAGCAACUACCGCGCCUACGCACAAACAGUCGUCAAUGGUGUCUCGAGUAUAGCUUCGGUCAUUGCCUUGGUCGCCAUGAGCCAGGCGACAUCUGCGGAUCCCCUCAACGGCUGGCGAUGGAUUUUCCGCACGUCUCUCAUCUUCGAUGGGCUCCUCCUCCUCGGCUUCGGUUUCUUGUAUUUCCCUCCCCCUCGCACAGCCGACAGUUCCACAUUCAUGGAAAAGGUGAAGAAGAUGGAUUGGAUUGGAUAUGGUCUUCUCCUCGGUGGUCUGGUGCCCUUGCUCAUGGGCUUCGCAUGGGCCGGCUCGGGCAGUUACGGCGUGAGUUGCCUCAAGCGCGCUUGCCACACACCAUGAAACUGACUCAACACUUGUGAUCGCGUCUCAGUGGCACGAUCCUCACGCCUACGCCUGCGCCGCAGUGGGAUUCGUUGGCUUGAUCGCCUGCAUACUCUACGAAUGGCUCGGAACCUCGCGCGGUUUCCUGGACCACCGUCUCUUCCAAAAUGGUCACAACUUCCCUCUUGGACUCUUCUUGAUCGCCGUCGAGGGAUCGCUCUUCUACCUCAUCAACAACAUCUAUGUACGUAGAGCGCGCAAACUUCGACUGAAACAUUCUAGAUACCUUUUCUGACGGCAUUCACGUUCUCCUUGGGUAUUGCAUAGGCUCAGCAAGUGUUCUCGCUCUGGGUCCCCACCGGUGGAGUUGACGCCGGUGCGCGUUUGCUCCCCUUCUUCCUCGUCAUCUUCUUCGUCGCGCCCGGCAUGUCCUACUACGUGACCAAGCGCAAGGAUCUCAAGUGGCCCCUUUGCAUCGGCUUCGUCUUUUUCGGCGUUUGCAUCAUCGGCUUGGCCGAGUCGGGUCUCAACGUCAACAUGGGCACCGCCUUCAACGCCAUCGGUGGCGUCGGUUUCUCCGCGCCGUUGAUCCUGCUCUUGACGAUGGUGCAAUACUCGACUCCGCCUCUCUUCAUCGGUGUCGCUUCUGCGCUCACCAUCAGUGUCCGAACGCUCGGUGGCACGGUCGGAUACGCCAUCGCAGACGCCAUCUACGGCUCUUUGACCAGCGAGCAAGUGCCUGCGGCUAUUGGUAAGCUCUCUCUGUUUUCCAGUCUCUUGAGCGACGCGGAUCGACAGAGCUGACCCUGUUGCGUCUCUUCUCUCAGCUGGUGCCGCCAUCCCUCUUGGCUUCAGCCCGGCCAACUUGACUCCCCUCAUCAUUGCCAUCCUCUCCGGUCAGGGCAUAGCCGGCGUUCCCGGCAUUACUCCCACCAUCGCCAGUGCCGCGUCGCUCGCUGCCAAGCAAGUCGAAGCGCACGCUUACAAGAUCGUCUGGUAUGCCUUUUUGCCCGGAGGUGAGCCCCAUUUUCUCUUACGCGUGAACACGACAGCCUUGGUGAUCGUGCUGACUCGCAUUGCCGUUUCAACCGUGCAGCCGUUCUUGCCGCGGUCGGAUGCGCCUUGUUCCGCAACCCUACCGAAAGGAUGAACUGGGUCGUCGAUGCUCCCCUCAAGAACAUGAACGUUUUGGACGACGAGAAGUCUGCGAACAAUCACCACCGCGACCCUACUUCGUCGUACGUUAGCGGCUCCAAGGAGUAA